GCACAGUGACGGCGAUCGCGCCGUAUACUGUACAGUCGACGCUCGCGUCGCGACAGACCAAUCGGCGAGUGCGAAGAUUACGACGACACGAAAGAAUAUGUUCGGGUAAGGCGGGACGCGAGCUUUCGCAUAACAAGACGUGCGUCCACAACGGCGGCACCUUAUAGUCUCGAAUAAUAACAAUAACGAUACAUAUAUUGUCGUUGUACGGACGUGUCGCGUUUCCGGCAUAAAGUCCGUCCGCCUGUCCGAUUUCGUGUGCCGUAUAAUACAUAUCCUAUAUAGAGACCGGAAGCGCUUGACGCCGCCGCCAUGGAACAGUUGAACUGGAUGGCGGAAUACGCUGCGUUCGUCAUCAUGCUCGGGCUGUCCGUCGUCAUCGGCCUGUACUACGGGUGCGUCUCCAAACAGAACACCGUCGCCGAUUACCUGUUGGGCGGCAAGCACAUGUCCGUCUUUCCGAUCACCAUGUCGCUGGUCGCAAGGUCUAUGGCCAAGACCCGUAAGUUGAUCUUCGGUUGGAAUUCGAACUGGACAUUUAUUUCCAACUGUUUUCAACAAAACCCGACCUGUGUCCGCUGCCAUGUCAACGUCGGACAACCAGAACGAGACCCAGUCCAGACUCUAUUUUCUCAACGAACAGUUACAGAAAAUGGUCCAUGAGUUACCUAGAAAGUACCAGCAGCGCAUUCCUAACGAACUUCUGUGCGAACUCACCGAAUGUCUGUUAGACAAAACGCUGUAUUCAAUUGUCAAGGAACUGACUGAUAUUCAGCACGUAACAGAGAAACAAAUGUUUCAAAAACGGUUAGAAAUGAUCAAUAAACAUUCCGUUCUGUUUAAGUUGUCAUACAAAAAACUACUGAAGUCAGAUAUGGUUCAGCCUGGCAAGACCGAGAUGAGGCUGAAACUUCAAGCAGAGCACAGAAAAAACUUGAGAGAAUUCGAUAAGAGAAUAGUGACCGAACUUGACGAAAAGCGACGAGAGCAACAGAAUACAUUGCACAUGGCUGGUGUACCAGGAUUUGAUGUCACAGACGAUGCUGGUCGUAUUCAAGUACAGAUACGUUUAUGUGAUUUCAUCAUAAGAUUGAGCCUAAUUGAUAAAAAACCUGAUGAAGUUUAAAAAAUAAAAACAAUAUUGUACAGGAAAAAAUGUAAUUUAACUAAAAAGAAUAAAAAAUAUUGUCCUAAAUUGUUGAA